GUACUGCACCAUGGUCGAGCGACGGUCACAUGGUGCAAAACACUUUGUGAGACAAACAGAAGAAUCGUGUUUGAAGACUAGCAGAAGCGACGGCAUGCACCGAUUCGGCUCGUCCGGCUUCGAAUAUGGGUACCAGAGAGAACGCCAGAGCUCGCGAUCCAGUCAAGCAUCUUCAGGUCGAGGAUCAGGAAUCGAAAUAUUUGGUACAGUCGGAAUGGGUCGUGAGGACAUGCCACCAAAACAGUCCGAGUUUACUCCAGAAAAUUGUCGAAUUAACGAGUCAGUAAGCGUCCUCAUUGACUUGCCUAGCUCUAACGGACUAUUUCUUGCUGAUGACCGAUGCAAGCUGAUACUAAUCGGUCUGGUAAGCAAAAGAAGAGUGUUUAAAGAAGGAACAAAGAGAAACCACAACUACGGCAUCAGGGCUUCCUUUCCUGUCUGGUUUUUUCCGGAAACCGUGGAGGUCGUUGUAUUGACUCUUGACGGCAUGGUGUUGGGAUGGGGACGUUUCGAGUUCUUGCCAAGCGAACGCACUCUUCCGGUUGCCGUCUCCGUCGACGUGCAAAUCAACAAGGACCGUCGGACCGUCGACUUCGUCAGGAAAGUUCUCGCCUCGUCGACUGUCCCCUCGUCGUCGCCCAACGUUGCUCUCAAGUUUCCCGUUCAGGGCUCGACCUACUCGUUCCACGUCUGCCUUCCUCAAUCGGACGACUUUUUAACGAACUUGUUUGACAGUGUAAUGGGGUUUGUGGUAGCCAAUGGCAUUCCUGAAGGGAUCUCUGUCGUGGACAUGUUUUCUAACGUGCCGGAUCUGAGAAAAGUGUUGGAGUCUUCACGUUAUUCAGGGGGCGCCGUGACACACCUGUUAGACUACGUACGUAGUCAGUCUAGACACGAAAGCGUCAUUCAACAGUUUGAAGAGCUUGUCGAAAAGUCAAUUGAUGAAGAUGGUGCUUACAUUGACCUAACUAGAGAGAGGGCAUCUCAUGAAAGAGUUGACGGUAUUUAUGAUGAUCCGAACGACAUUUUGCCGUCUCGAACAGGUCUUGAACUUCCUGACAAAGUAGCAUCAACAAUCAGCAGUGACUUUGGUAAACAUGUGUUAGAGAGUGUACGAAAUGGUGCGAUAUCUGACAACAAAGCCAUCGAGAUGGUGAGGGACAUCUAUAACACCUCAUUGUGCACCGCUGGUCAACCCUCACCUUCAACACAAGUUCAACAAAAAGGUCGAAAACAAAGAUCUCAUUCGGUAUUCUACAUUCCACUUCAACAAGACGGAACUGAAAUUGAAGGAUAUUUGGAUGAAAUUACCACAAGGAGGUCUCAACAGUUCAAAAAGAGUGUGUCAGCUACAGCAUUUUUGCAGUCUAGCCCCAAUGUCACAGAGUCUCCACACUCCCAAAGUGACAAAUGGAGAGGAGCUUAUGAGUCAGCGUCACAGGGUUCAUCUCCAGUCAAUGAGAUAAUCUCACUUACUAGACGUCAAGAGAAUGCUUAUAAUGCUGUUUGCACUCAUGGAAUUGUUGAUCAAGAGGAUAUUUAUCACAUCAGCACAAGUAGACCACCAUUGCCAAAUAGACCACCAUUGCCCCCCAAAACAACAACACGAAUGAUGUAAUCUUUGAAGUUGUGGAGAGUCAGUAGUUAUCCAGAACAAUAUUUGGUGACGUUGCAAAUUGCCUCUAUUGCCUUCUAGCCACUUACAUCAGUUUGUGACUUCAUGUAUGUAUUAGAGAGUUGUAUAUUUUGCCAAUAAACAACCCCAUCAACAAUGAU